AUGACUAACUUCAAAUCAUACCCACUUUACGAUAGUCUGCUUUCCAAACAUCAAGCUAUCAACAAUUUACCCUUUGAUGAUGAUAUUUAUGAUAGUAUUAUUUCAAAACCAUCAAAUAAUGAGAAAUAUUCCCCUAUCUUCAGGAACAAAACUUCAACUUCAAGAUUGAUUGAAUCAAUUCAUCCUGAUUUAGACACAUAUCCUAAACUAUUCAAUAAUGCCGUCGAAUUAUAUGGUUCAAAACCAUGUCUUGGAGCCAGACCAUAUAAUUAUAUCACUCAUUCCAGUGAAAACCAUUUUAAAUCUUAUACUUAUGCUGAAAUCAAUGAACGCAAAAAGAAUUUAGGAUCAGGGAUUAUUCAUAGUUUAGCAGCCAAUCGAUAUAUCGAUGCUAAUUUACAUCUGCAUCGAUUGAUUUUGAAUCAUUUGCGGGAUUGGUCAAGAUAUGGCAGUAAAGGUUUUAGUGGAGUUUUAAAUACUCAUCAACAAAUUGAACAAAAUACUUCAUUUAUCUUAUCCAUUUUUUCUGCCAAUCGUUUAGAAUGGAUCUUGACUGAUUUAUCAUGUUCAGCAUAUUCAAUCACUAAUACUGCCUUAUAUGAUACCUUAGGUCCUGAAGUUACGAAAUAUAUUUUAGAAUUGACGGCAUCACCGAUUGUGGUUUGUUCAAUUGAUAAAAUUGAAACGAUUUUGAAAUUGAAAGCUGAAUUUGGUAAGGAAUUAGAAAACAUUAUUCAAAUUGUUUCUAUGGAUCCGAUUGAAUACCUUCCUACUAAUCUUAUUACUCAAGCUAAACAAUUAAAUAUUGAAAUUCAUGAUAUUUUCCAACUUGAACAAUUAGGUUCAUCCAAACGUAUUCAGGAAUUACCUCCUAAUAAAGAUACGUUAUACACUAUUUCAUUCACAUCCGGUACUACUGGAUCCAAACCUAAGGGGGCCAUGUUAUCUCAAACUAAUGCUGUAACAGGAUUAUCAUUAUUAGCUAGUACUGAACCUCAUGCUAGAGGAGAUGGAUCGAAAGCGUUUAUUUUCUUACCUUUGACGCAUAUUUAUGAACGAGAAACAAGUGGAUUUGCUCUUUCUACCGGAUAUUAUCUUGGAUUUCCUCAAUUAACCAUCUAUAAGAAACAGAUUGAUGUGUUUAAUAAUUUACUUGAAGAUUUACGAGUUUUCCAACCUCAUUAUUUUUCAAUUGUUCCUCGUAUCUUAACCAAAUUCGAAGCAUUGAUAAAGACUUUAAUUAAAGAUAUGAAUGAUGAUGAACAAAGUAAAGUGGGGGAAAUUAUUGAUUGGAAAUUAUCUCAACAAGCCAAAUCAGAUGGGUCAACUGGGUUUAAUUCCAAAUUUGAUCAUUAUGCCCCAUAUCGAUCCAUUAAGGAAUUCUUAGGAUUACAAAAUGUUAAAUGGUUACAAACUGCAUCAGCUCCAGUAGCUCCCUCGACGUUAAUUUAUUUAAAGGCAAGUUUAAGUAUUGGAAUGAGACAAUUAUAUGGAUUAACUGAAACAUUUGGUGCUAUUACCAAUUCAAAUGCUUAUGAAUGUAACCCUGGUUCAUGUGGUGGUAUUUCUCCUACGGGUGAAUUCAAAUUACGUAAUGUUCUGGAUAUGGGAUAUAAUAUUAAUGAAUUAAAAGGGGAAUUAUUAAUUAGAGGUCCCCAAGUAUUUCAAGGAUAUUAUCAUAAUUUAGAAGAAACGAAGAAUGUAUUUGAUGAUGAAGAAUGGUUUCAUACAGGUGAUAUUGCUCGUAUUGAUCCUCAAACCGGUAGAGUCUAUAUUAUUGAUCGAGUAAAGAAUUUCUUUAAAUUACAACAGGGAGAAUAUAUCUCACCUGAAAAGAUUGAAAAUAGGUAUUUAUCGCUGAAUCCAUUGAUUGCCCAAUUAUAUGUCCAUGGAGAUUCAUUAAAGAAUUAUGUAGUGGGGAUUGUGGGGGUUGAAUUUGAUAAAGGAUUGAAAUUCCUUAAUGAUCAAUGUGGAUAUAAUAAAUUAGACAUUACUCAUGAUGAAUUAUUAUUUGAAUUGAAUAAAGUUGAUAUUAAGAAGAAGUUCCUCAGACAUAUUAAUGAAUCAGUUAAGGAUAAAUUGAAUGGAUAUGAAAAAUUACAUAAUAUUCAUAUUGAAAUUAAUCCAUUAACGGUAGAGAGAGAAGUAGUUACACCUACCUUUAAGAUUAGACGUGGUGUAGCAUCAAAGUUCUUCUCCACUGUAUUCCAUCGAUUAUAUGAAUUAGAGCAGUCAUUAUUGGAUGAUAUGAAGUAUUUAAAAUCGAAAUUAUAA